AUGAGGAGCUAUUUUAAUGGUUGGAGCUUUUAUAAAGGGGAUAUUAAUGAUGGUAGAAUUCUGUUGGUGUGGAAAAGUAAUAUGCUAGUUGUGGAUAUAAUUCAAGAGAGUGACCAAUUUAUGCAUACACUUAUUAAAGAGGUCAGAUCUAAUAGGAAGUACUGUAUUACUUUUGUUUAUGGCAAAAAUACUAUCCAAGAAAGAUACCAGUUAUGGAGGGAUUUAUCGAAUCUUCAGUUCCCUGCUACUGCCUGGUUACUGACAGGGGAUUUCAAUUCAGUGUUUAAUGGUGAUGAUAGGCUUGGGGGUCGGCCAGUGAUGGCAACUGAAUUGAUUGAUGCUCAAGGUUGGAAAUCUUUAGGUUUGGCGAAUGAUCUUAGGUCUAUUGGCUCACACUAUACUUGGACUAAUAACCAAGAUGGUAGAGCUAGGAUUUACUCUAAAAUAGACCAUAUUUUUAAGAAUGAAGAGUGGAUUGAUCUAUUCCCUGAGUCGAUUGUUGUAAUAAAAUGGGACAUUUUUUCGGAUCACUGUUAUUGUCUCAUUAAGGCUGUUCAGGAGGUGGUUUCGGGGUUUAGGCCUUUUAAAUUUUUUAACAUGUGGAUUGAACAUGCUAAUUUCAAGAGGAUUGUUUUGGAGAGUUGGUACAAACCAGUUCAGGUUGUUGGUCUUGAAAGAGUGAUGGUGCAACUUAAAAGGCUAUCUAGAGUGCUGAGACUAUUUAAUAAACAGCAAGUGGGAGAUGUUGAUCGAAAUUUUCAGAUUGCUAAGGAGAGGUAUAAUCGGACUCAAAUUCAAUGUCAGCAAAAUCCUCAUGUUGCUGGUUUUCAAAUAGAAGAGCAGAUAGCUUUUACUGGCUUGGCCCAGCAGUAUAAAAUAUAUGACAGCUACCUUAGACAAAGAAGAAAAGUGAACUGGAUCAGAUUUGGUGAUGAUAACACGGCCUUUUUUCACGCUUGUUUGAAGCAACGGAAGGAAAUUAAUCGUAUUAUCUCCUUUGUUUCUGAAACAGGGCAGUUUGUUGAGAAUUUUGAUGAGGUGGUGGAUCAUUUUCUAGUGCAUUUUCGGAAUGCUUUGGGCAAUAACAGUAAGACAUUGGGUACUAUCCAAAAAGACUGUUUUAUACAUGGUAACAUUCUUUCUCUUGAGCACCAGUUGGAGUUAAUCAAACCUUUUUCUAAAAAGGAUGUUAAAAAUGCUAUGUUUAGCAUUGGGUCUAUCAAGAGUCCGGAUCCGGAUGGGUAUGGUUCGGGGUUCUUUAAAGCUAUGUGGAAUGAAAUUGGUGAUGGCAUUUCAGAUGCUAUUUUAGGCUUCUUUCAGCACGGUUCACUUCCUAAAGGUCUAAAUAAUGCUUUGUUGACUUUGAUUCCUAAAGUUCCGAAUCCCACUAAGGCAGUGGAAUAUCGACCAAUAGCUUGCUGUAAUGCAUUAUAUAAAUGCAUUUCGAAGAUGAUUUGUGGUAGAUUGAAUAUGGUCCUUCCAGUUUUAAUAAACCAAAACCAAGGAGCUUUUGUGAAAGAUAGACUUUUAGCUAAUAAUAUCCUUAUUUUUCAGGAUAUUCUUAAAGGAAGGAAGGGGUUAAGACAAGGGGACCCGAUCUCCCCUUUGUUGUUUGUGCUUAUUAUGGAAUAUUUUACUAGAAGCCUCAUCCAAGCUACUCAGGAUAAAGUUUUUAAGUUUCAUCCUAGAUGCAAAAAGAUGAGAUUGGUCAGUUUAUGCUUUGCGAAUGAUCUAGUUCUAUUUUGCAAGGGGAACAACACUUCAGUUCAGGUUAUUCAAGCUUGCUUUAAAUCUUUUAGUGUUGUUUCUGGUUUAACAGCAAAUUUGGAGAAGUCGAAAAUUUAUUUCGGGGGGCUUUCUGUGAAUGAAACCAGCGGGAUUUUGAAGGAUAUUCAGAUUGCUGAAGGUGAUUUUCCUCUCAAAUAUCUUGGGGUGCCUCUAAGACCUACAAAAUGGCAAGCUGGGGACUGUGAUGGUAUAUUAAAGAAGAUAAGGCUGAAGCUUUUUCACUGGUCUAACAGACAUUUAUCCUUUGCUGGAAAAACUCAGUUGAUUCACUCAGUGCUUUUGGGGAUAAAAGCCUUUUGGAUGAGUAUCUUCAUGCUCCCUAAGAAAGUCAUUGCUGAGAUUGACCAUCUUUGCAGGAAAUUUUUGUGGGGUUCUAGUGGGAGGAAUGAUAACAGGAGCAAGUUACAUCUCACAAAUUGGGACCAAGUCUGUCUUCCUAAACAGAUGGGGGGUGUUGGUUUUAAGAAUAGUGUUAAAUGGAAUAUGGUUUUGCUUGCCAAAUACAUAUGGGUUGUUUCUACUAAGCAGGAUGUCCUUUGGGUCAAAUGGAUAGAUGCCAUUUACCUUAAAGGACAGUCAAUUUGGGAUUAUAAGCUUCAAGUGGAUGUAAGUUGGUAUUGGCGUAAACUCAUUAAACUGUCUACUAUUAUCAAUGCAGGAAUUUUGGCUGAGGCUUCUGUGAAGAACAAGUUACAUACCAGCAAAUUAUAUGAUCUGUUGGUUCACAAGGACAGAGUUCCUUUUUAUCAUGUUGUCUGGUGCAAUUUAUCUAUGCCCAAGCAUAGGUUUAUACUUUGGCAAGCUACUUUGAGGAAUUUACUAACUAGAGACAACUUAAUAAAGUGUCAUUUACAGAUUUCUUCAGAGUUAUGCCCUGUGUGUGAGUUGCAGCAAGAAUGUCAUGGUCAUCUCUUCUUUCAGUGUCCUUUCUCGCAAAUGGUGAGACAGAGAGUGGCUUCUUGGCUGAACUGUGUUGUUUGGCCUAUCCAUUACCAGGGAUGGCUUAAGUGGAUGAAGGGGAAGCCGAAAGUAUUUACUGUGUUGCAAAAUAGUUUAUAUGCUAGAGUUAAAAACUUGCCUAGAUCUAAGCUUUCUAGUAAGGAUGUAAGGUUUCUUGAGAGUGUUAAUCUUUUGUAA